AUGAAUACAUCGAUGCAUACAAAAACAAAUACAGAUAUAGAUAUAAUAAGAGAGAAUUGUGUGAAGCGUAAUUACCAAGAAAAAGAAAACAAUUGUGUUUUGCUUAUCACCGGCUCUCUUAAUCCAAUACAUCGUUCACAUAUAAAAACUCUUCAACUUGUUCGAGAGUAUCUUGAACGUCAUAAAUCGAAACCAUUGAAUGUUCUUGCUGCAUAUUUAUCACCUACACAUGAUUCGUAUGUUCGCAAUAAACUGGGUCAGUUCGAUUGGAUUUCAGCUGAAGACCGUUGUAAACUGUGUAAAGAAGUUAUUCUAUCGGAUGAAGAUACAAAAUCUUGGAUUUCUGUAAGUAAAGGUGAAUCCGAAUUCAAUGAAUUCGUUGAUUUUGAUGAUGUUAGCAAAAAUCUUGCUGAAUUUCUCAAUUUUGAACUAUGUGAAUCUGAAAAAUUGCUCAAUCAUCCAUUAAAAGUCGUUUAUGUAUGUGGUUUGGAUCAUUUUAAUAAAUGUCCUUAUGUUGAAAAAUUGGCAACAGAAAAAAAUAUAGCUUGUGCUGUUACGUAUCGUCUUGGUGCUUCUGAUCAUCGGAUAAAAGCUUUAGAAGAGAAGUCUCCGAAUAUAUAUUAUAUUACAUUGGAUGAAGAACGCGAGAAACUUGUUGAUAUUAGUUCAACAGCGAUUCGACAACAAUGUUAUAAUUCAGCUAAGACAGAUCUUAUUCAAUUAACUUAUCCAUGUGUUAUUCAAUUUUUAGAAGAUAAAUAUAUUAACAAAUAA